AAUAAGAAGUAAAAUACUUUAUUUUUUCAUCUACAGUAAAAGAAGUGGAAAACAAGCCUUGCAGAACAAUGAGCAGAAAGAGGGAAAGAAGGAGCGAGCAAUGGUGGACAGAGUGUUUAUUGCAAGAAUAUGUCGAAUCCUGAAAAUAAUGGUCCCUAGAACACUUUGUAAAGAGACAGGUUAUUUGCUCCUUAUUGCUGUGAUGCUGGUAGUCCGCACAUAUUGUGAUAUUUGGAUGAUUCAAAAUGGAACAGUCAUUGAAAGUGCUAUCAUUGGCCGCAGCAGAAAAGAUUUCAAGAAAUACUUGUUCAACUUCAUCGCUGCAAUGCCUGCUAUCUCUUUAGUGAAUAACUUCCUGAAGUAUGGUCUAAAUGAAUUGAAACUCUGCUUCCGCGUAAGACUUACCAGAUACCUCUAUGAGGAAUAUCUUAAAGCUUAUACAUACUACAAAAUGGGAAAUCUGGACAACAGAAUAGCUAAUCCAGAUCAACUCCUCACACAGGAUGUGGAAAAAUUCUGUAACAGUGUAGUGGACCUGUACUCAAACCUCAGCAAGCCCUUCUUGGAUAUAGUUUUGUACAUCUUCAAGCUAACAAGUGCAAUAGGAGCUCAGGGUCCAGCUAGCAUGAUGGCAUACUUGGUCAUUUCGGGGUUUUUCCUUACACGUUUAAGGAGACCAAUUGGCAAGAUGACUAUUAUAGAACAAAAAUAUGAAGGGGAGUACAGAUAUGUCAACUCACGGCUUAUUACAAACAGUGAAGAAAUUGCUUUUUAUAAUGGAAACCUGAGAGAAAAACAGACUAUUCACAAAACCUUCCGUAAACUAGUGGAACACUUGCAUAAUUUCAUCUUGUUCCGGUUCUCUAUGGGUUUCAUUGAUACUAUCAUUGCCAAAUACCUUGCCACUGUGGUUGGUUACCUGGUUGUUAGUCGUCCAUUUUUGAACCUGGCUGAUCCUCGUCAUCAGAAUAGUACUCAUGCAGAACUUUUGGAGGAUUACUACCAAAGUGGAAGAAUGUUACUGAGAAUGUCUCAAGCUUUGGGCAGAAUAGUCCUAGCAGGCCGUGAAAUGACAAGAUUGGCUGGUUUCACAGCUCGAAUUACAGAAUUAAUGCAGGUUCUGAAGGACUUGAAUAGUGGCAAAUAUCAGCGUACUAUGGUAUCACAAGAAAAAGAUGCAGAUAAAAAGCAAGUUUUGCCUUUGAUACCUGGAUCUGGAGAAAUUAUCAAUGCUGAUAACCUUAUCAAGUUUGAUCAUGUUCCGUUGGUGACACCAAAUGGAGAUGUUUUGAUUCAAGACCUUAACUUUGAGGUUCGAUCUGGUGCAAAUGUACUGAUUUGUGGGCCAAAUGGGUGUGGGAAGAGCUCACUUUUUCGUGUUCUUGGUGAGUUGUGGCCUUUGUUUGGUGGGCGUUUAACAAAACCUGUAAGAGGAAAGUUGUUCUAUGUUCCCCAGAGACCAUAUAUGACUCUUGGAACACUCAGAGACCAAGUUAUAUAUCCAGAUACUUUAGAAGAUCAGAGGAAGAAAGGGAUUUCUGAUCAGGUGCUGAAGGAGUACUUGGAUAAUGUUCAGCUGGGUCAAAUCUUGGAACGUGAAGGAGGCUGGGAUAGUGUUCAGGAUUGGAUGGAUGUACUCAGUGGAGGAGAAAAACAGAGAAUGGCAAUGGCAAGGUUAUUCUAUCAUAAGCCCCAGUUUGCAAUUCUGGAUGAGUGCACCAGUGCUGUUAGCGUUGAUGUAGAAGGCUACAUUUACAGCCACUGUCGAAAGGUUGGCAUCACUCUCUUCACUGUCUCCCACAGAAAGUCACUCUGGAAACAUCAUGAUUUUUAUUUGCAUAUGGAUGGCAGAGGAAACUACGAGUUCAAGAAAAUAACUGAAGACACAGUUGAAUUUGGAUCUUAGUCAUGAACUGAACUGCUACAGAGACUGAUGAUUACAGGAAGUGUGUAGAAUGGCAGACAUUGUACAGUAAAACUACUCAGCUUGUUUUUUAAACAAAUUAACUAGGAUAACCCAAAACAAGCUGUUAAGCAUUAACUAUUAUGUAGGAUAUUGCUAAUUGUGUAUAUGUUGGUUUAAUUAUUGAUAUGUACUAAGAAUGUCCUUAUUCUUGUGGUUUAAAAACCUGCCUAAAUUAAAUUGGGCUUAAAUCAGUGUAACCUGAUUCAUCCUGGGAUGCAAACAAUUUGAAAUCAGCUGAUUUGACUUUUGUAGACCUUCUUUCCCUUCAAGGAAAAGCCCUGUUAAAAUUAGGGUUGCUACCUCUCUUGUUCCUGCAAAGCAGUCUUGGAUUUUUGCUCGUUCUAUGCAUAUUUCUGAGUUAUCUCACAUGGUGCAGGACAUUCUCCCAUCUUCAGAUCUGUGCCCUGUUAAAUGAAAGAGCCUUUUCCUUGACUAAGCCUUGUGAUGUAGCCAAUACACCCUUGCUGAUAAAGAAUGGACUGAACCUAAAAGACAAAACUAAUUCCUUCUGGUAAAAAUAUUAAGCUUGUUCUUUGCUGGGUUUUGGGUUCUCUUUAACAUCUGUCUGUCCAUGCAAUUCUCUUUGCUGCUCAGCAAUCCUAUUCUCUCCCAAUUUAGCAAGAGCUUCAUCCAUCCCACACCCCAGCUACCCUUUUUCAGUCAGAGAAGUACUAUGGUAAUGAACAGUUGAGAGGAGGUUGAGGGAGGAAAGGACUAACAAAAAAAAAAAAAAAAGGAAAAGAAAAGUGAUGUUCUUU